UUCCACUUGGCCAGCAUCACUUGGAGUCCACAGACACAGCGCUGAUUGAACGAGUGGAGGAGAGCUCAUUUUCAGAGCGCAUGAUUGUGUUAGAAGGGCUUCACUAGACUGUCACCGGUCAGAGGCAGAGACAGACAGACAGACAGACAGUAAAGCCAUCUCAACCACGCCUUUCAAAGUAAAGAAUCCACAAAAGAGGAGACGGAGUGUGUAGGAUUUUUUUUUAUUUCUCUGCCAAACUAGCCUUGCUUGAGUUUUUUAAAGGGAAAGUGGUUUUUAUCUUUGGGAAGAGGGACUCUCUGGUGGAGCCGAGCAGCGGUAAGAUUCCGCUGCCCCCUUCUCUCCGUGCGUAAAAUAAAAGUUUAACACACCAAGGAGAUCAUUUGAGAGGUGUGGGAGCUCAGCAAACUCUCCGCUAUACUCCCCGGGAAUUGUAAAGCUCACACCGGACACCCACUGGCGGAGGAUUUAUAACUUUUUAACACAUUUUGUGGAGAGACACGGAGGCGGGUUGGUCUAACGGGGGAGCGGAGGAAUCCUCGUCGUUGAGCCGGGAGGAGUGCGCGCAGCGCUGGGUAGCAGACUGACCCAAAGGACGGUACCUCGGAGACAAGGUUAUGACGGAACUGAGCUGAACAUGGAGCUUUUCUGGAUUUUGUUAUUUUCUAGUGUUUAUCCUCUUGCCUGGGGCCAAGGAGUUUACGCUCCAGCCAACGCCCAGAUCGUGCACUCAGGCGCGGCGUGUAACGUCAAGGAUGAUAACAUCAGUGAGAGAAUCUACACCAUCAAAGAAGGAGACACACUAGUGCUGCAGUGUAUUGUUAAAGGCCACCCACGACCACAGGUACGGUGGACGAAGACGGCAGGCAGUGCAUCAGACAAGUUCCAGGAGACAUCCAUCUACAACGAGACGCUCCGCAUCGAGGGCAUCCAGAGGGUGCAGGGGGGUCGCUACUACUGCAAGGCCGACAACGGGGUGGGGGUGGCUGCCAUCAAGUCCAUCCGUGUAGAUGUGCAGUACCUUGACACGCCUGUUUUGACGGUGCACCAGACCAUCAGCGAUGUGCGUGGCAGUUACUACCAGGAGAAGACGGUGUUCUUGCGCUGCACAGUCAACUCCAACCCUCCCGCGCGGUUCAUCUGGAAACGUGGGAGCACGCUCAUCGAACAGAGCAAGGACAACGGAGUGGACAUCUACGAACCGCUUUACACUCAGGGUGAGACCAAGGUGCUGAAGCUGAAAAACCUCAGACCCAAAGACUUUGCUGAUUACACGUGCCAGGUGUCCGUCCGCAAUGUGUGUAACAUCGAAGACAAGUCAGUCACCUUCAGGCUCACCAAUGCCACAUCUCCCCCAAUGAUCCGGCUGUCAGUGAACGACACAGUUGUGGUGGAUCCUGGCCAGGAUGUGUUCUUAACCUGUGAGGUGACGGCAGGUUUCCCGGCACCCACUGUGACAUGGUCUCGUUACCCCGGCCCCCUUCCCCUCAGCGCCCAAGUUCGAGGGGCAACACUGAUUAUACGGGCGGCCAUGCCGGCUGAUGCAGGCUUCUACAACUGCACGGCUGUCAACAAUGUGGGAAACCCCGCUCGCAAGAACGUCAAUCUCGUUGUCAGGACGAUGAGCAACCUGACCUUCCAGAUUACUCCAGAUUCCAACAAGGACAGCGAGACCAUCCAGAUGGGUCGAGACCUCAAGCUGUCCUGCCAUGUUGAUGCCACCCCACAGGACAAGGUCAACUACACCUGGUACAAGAACGGUGCACCUGUCUUCAACUCGGAGAGCCUGAUCUUGCUGCGCAGUGACCCAGACAUGGCACCCGGCACCAGUAGUCUGGAGAUUGUGGACAUGAAGUUCAGAGACUUGGCUACAUACAGCUGUGUGGCCAACUUUCCAGGCAGCAGAGUGUCGGAGCUCCGUGUGGAUGUCAACAUCUCUCAGAACAGUGUCUCCCCUCCAGUGCUGUCAGUACCACCAGGCGGUCAGAUGGUCAGUGUGCGAGAAGGAGGUAACAUUGACCUGGUGUGCUUGGUGGUGGAGGGAAAACCACGUCCACCUAUACUGUGGUCACGGACAGAGAAGGACCUGCUAAUGCCAUCAGGGAGGACCAUGGUGGAGACACCCGAUGGUCGCUUGAGACUAAAGAACGUCAGCAGGGACAUGAUGGGAGCGUACCGGUGCCAGACGGCUCCAUACAAUGGGCUUAACAUCAAACGCAGAGAGGCACAGGUCCAACUCAACGUGUUGUUUCCUCCCAUACUGGACCCAGUCUUCCAGGACAUGCGUUCUAGGAACUUCCAGAUGGUGACCCUGAGGUGUACAGUCAUGCGCUCAAACCCGCCACGCCUGACAGACAUCCGGUGGUAUCGUCAGGGCGACUUAAUCCGUAUGCCCAUGCCAGACCUGAAGGAGACGCCAGAGCUGAAGUUUAAGCUGGAGCCCACCAACAAUGGCACUUAUGAGUGCCGAGUUAGCAACAGCGCAGGGACAUCAACGUGCAUAUUUAAUGUAUCUGCACAACCCUAUAAUGCUGAGUUUUACUUCGACACACCCAAUCCUGUGCGAAUUCAAAAAGGAAACAACUAUUCCUACAACCUGCAGUGGACACAGAAAGAUCCAGAGGCCACGGACCGCAUCAUAGGUUACUGGAUUAACGUCCCAAAGAACAAGCAGUACCUUCUGUCGAAGCAAAUAGACCUCAAGGGCAAGGAGCCAGAGAAGGGAGUGCUGAUGUCCUACACCAUCUCAGACCUGAGAAUCCCUCUGUCCUACGAGGUCCGUCUGGCCCCCAUCACCACCUACAGCACUGGGGACUACGUCAGUCGCAUCAUACAGUACUCAGAACCCUACACCUACCCAAGACCUUCAGAUCACGUGUGUGGUUUUGAGGAUGACAGAAUCUGCGGUUUCUCUCAAGACCGAAGUGAUGUGUUUGACUGGACGAGACAGAAUCACCUGACGCAGAAUCCCAAGCGAUCUGCCAAUACUGGCCCCGAAACUGACCGCAGUGGGACCAAGGAGGGGUACUACAUGUACAUCGAAGCAUCCCGGCCACGUGUGCAGGGGGACAAGGCUCGUCUGCUGUCUCCGCUUUUUAAUGUGACCUCAGUCAGGGGCCCCAAGGGCUCCGGCAGAGUCCCGUAUUGUGUCUCUUUCUACUACCACAUGAAGGGCAAACAUAUUGGCACUCUCAACGUGCUUCUGAGAGUGAGAAGCAUUGCCUCUGUGGAUUCGGUGGUGUGGACCAAAUCUGGUCACCAGGGCCCGGACUGGAGGAAAGCAUUCUUCGACAUCAGCCCCAGUGGACCCUUCCAGAUUGUGUUUGAAGGAAUUCGAGGCCCGAGCUUCGAGGGGGAUAUUGCCAUUGACGAUGUGUCCAUUACCAUUGGGAAGUGCAAGCAGGAGAACACUGUAGCCAGCGCAGGUAAGACAGUUCUGAUUGGUGGAUCACACUCGCUCCCGUUGGCCAGCUGGCUGACCUUUGGCCUCUCCUGCUUCCUGUCACUACUCUACAGAUGAUGAGCACUUCCUGCAAUGCCACCUGUCUGUAAUGACAGACACUGCCCUGACUUGCGCUCUUAUACUUCUCUCUCUACCCUUCUCCCUGUCCUUUCCUCUACUUAUGUCUCCCUGACUGUCUGUCCUUCUCCACUCGAUGUCUCUCUAUCCUUCAUGCAUCCAUUUCAUCCUUCUUGCUUAGAUAAAUGGUAACACAAUGUCUUUGUCUAGUUUCUCCUCCUCUGCUUUCUUUGAACAUUUACCCCCCUCAAGACACUCGGUAUAACCAACUGAUGAGCAUACUGUAUUUAAGGUGAACAUACUUAAUGAUCUUUGACAGUCGAGUUUCACUUCUCUCCUUUGUCACUAUUAAUCUGAUUAGAUACACUUUACCCAUGUCAGCGUGUCACUUUGUCACCUUUUCCUCUCCUUCAUCAACCUCCUUCAUCCAUACAUGCACCCUCUAAUGUAUCUCCACUCCCUCAACGGCCCCUCCACCCUAUUCCCCAGACACACCAAGGUGUCGGACACUCUACCAAAGAUGACAAAGGACCUGAGGGAAUAAAACAAGGGAACAGGGAUUCCAGGAAGAAAGUGAAGGAGUGAAAAGGAGAAAGUGGGUAAAGUCCUUCUUUUUCCACAAAGAGUCUCCCUUCAGUCCCAGCCUUUGGGACCAUGGGAGCUAUUGAAUGACAAAGAGACGGACGAAGAGAAAAAACACUGAUGAAUGAAUGAAUGAAUAAAUGAAUGAAUGCUGAGGAAAGGACGAACCAGAGACAGAGGGAUAAAGAAGUGCGCUCCUGGUAGCCUCUCUAAUUGCCCUCUGCUUGCCACAAGAGACGAACCUCGGUGCGGAUUAUACGUGUACAUUUAUCUCUAUAUAUAUUAAAUAUAACAAAGUUUAAACUAAAACACAACUAGGACAGUGGAGGACUUUACAAAGUGAAAUUAAAGAAGCACAACAUUUAUACAACCUCUGCUGAUCCUUUGGGUUUUAUUCUACUUAUUAUGUGAUGUUGCAAUUUGUCAGACCUAUACCUUUUUGAUAUUUUGCUUUUUUGUUUUUGUUUUGUUUAUGGCGGUACAAGGGUCAAGGGCAAUGGUUAAUAAAGUAUUAUAUUAAUAUUUAUGAGAAGAAGAGAAGACGAUUUGUGAUCCAGAACCUGAGUUGAGCGCGAGGAGGGAAAUGCGAGGAUGACCCAAGCCACCUGGAUAGAAACCUCAACUUUUCUUGGCACAUACUGAACACACACACACACACACACACACACACACACACACACACACGUACAAACACGCAGUUUCCUUGCUGACAUCACAACCAGGCCCUCAGCUCACCCUCUGCCUCAAAUACAUGUCUCAUCUGUGAAUGAACCAGACGGAAAACAAUGGAUGGUAGAUGCAAUUUUCACAUUUCUGCUCCCUUACCAUGAACUUCCCAUCCCUGGACAUCAUGACUCAGAUGUUCCGGAUUUAUCAACCACAACAGAAUAGCCGGACAUGUCUCUAAUGUAGAGAAAAACACAGCGUGGCACGGGAGAGCAGAACGGAGCCUGAAGUUCAGCUGAAUACUUCUUCCUCCACAGGUUAUUGAAUGUCAUGUAUGAAUUUCCCAUACACUUCUUUCACACGAGUGAAAGAUGAAGAUUGUCAGUAUCUGGCGGGCGUGCAGCGUGGAUUGCAUAUCAGAUUCUCUGUCAUUGUUUAAUUAACGUUGAAUGUCUGUAGCGUAAACAGUUUUUCAUAAUCACAUAGAUAUGAUUGUUAAAGUUAAGCAAUACUCAUAUCUAUAGCUCUAUAUACAAUAGUUUAUGAUUGCAUUUAAGAUGGAAGAAAAAAAGAAGCAUCUUGUCCAAAAUACAUGGGUACUUCUUUCAUGAUUUGUCAGUUAUGAUUUAUAAUAACCAGUGUAUUCACCAUUCAUAAGAACUCCAUAAUUUAAGCUGUAGCUAUUUUAAUCUUUCAUGGGAGAGAGCGUAUUGUUGCAUUGUGCUGCAACUCAAGAGAGCUCCACUUUCACUACUCACCCUGAUCCAGUAUCUGAUCUACUUGUGUAUGCUGAUGUGCUUCAUUAACACGUGCAUUACAUGUGAAUCAGUCCUUGUGUACUUUUGCCUUUGUCAUGUCAUGUUUGUUUGAUCAUUGCACUUUCUUUUUUUAAAGUUUUUCAUAAUUUGGGUCGCUACAAAUAGCAUUAAUGAUUUUACAAUCAUAAAUAGUACAUAACAGAGAAAUAAUGUGCCUAUUUGACUUGCCCCAGUCUGGUGUGAGUGCCAGUGUCCAUGUUAAUCUGGCACUAAUGGUUACUGUAUGUGUAGAGCAUCAUACUGUGUCAUCACCAGCUUUUAGCAUACUCAAAGCUGUGUAAGGCAUGUUGGACAAAUCUGUGAAGCUCCACUGACAAUAGUCUAUGAUAAGAACACAGAAAUCAUUUGAAACCUACUGUAAGCAAACUCUCAGUGUCCCUGCAUCCCUAGCUUUAUGUCUGCCAUGAAUCUACUUUGGUGCAAUGAGUGCACCUGAUGGCAGGCUGCACCUGAAUGGAGAAUUUGAGUGACGUGCUUUCCUGUAAAUGUAGCUUGUUCAUUCUGCAAUCAUAUACUCUGAGCUGAAAAUGUUUCUUUCUUUUUAAAAUCUCCUCAAAAUGCCUCAGUUAUUUUUUUCCCCAAAACACAACAUAACAAAAGUGUUUGUUUUUAGGCAUCCAUUGCAACACCUCCAAUUCCACCAGGCGAUGUGGCCAAGGGCUACAUGUGGUAUUUAUAUCAGCUUAGGUUGUACAGUAUCAUGAGCGUUACUCAGCAUCAAAGCAGCACACUGUGGGUCAGUAUGUUAACCAUGUAGUACUAAAUACAUUUUAGAAAUCUCAUUAAGCAUCGGUGUGCAUGGCAUUUCACCGUGCUGUCAACUCAUUCCUCAUAUUGCCUUAUAUUUGAAUGGCAGUAGUAACAGGGGGAACCAUUGUUGUCAUUGCAUUUGGACAUACAUCAGCUGCAAAUUAACAGACACACUGUGGAAUCUUAAAAUGUAUUGUUUGUAACCUUUGUUUGUUCCCAAAAUUGACACACAAACACACUUUGGUUGUGUUUUGGCUUUUUAUGAAAAUUUAUAGCUCAAGUUUAAAGUGGAAGACAUUGCAUUUUUUCAGAAUAUCAAAGCAUAACAUACACAUGCGUAAAUAAUUCAACCCACUGCUGAGCAUUUCAGUUAUCAUUGUGUUGACUGGUGUGUAUUAAAAAUAUGUGGCAAUAUGGAAAGGUGGGGAAUUGAUGGCUGCUGUUUCCAUCAACUCCUGUAUAAUAGAGCAAUGUUUGUUUUUGUUUUGUUUUGCUUUUAUUUGCAACGAACGAAAUCCAAACUGGCACACUACAGACAACUCUGAGUCAUCAUAAACAGCGCUUGAUUCCCAGUAGAUGACCGUCCAAAUGGGAAACAGUGUUUUCAAGCAAAUGUAAAUCAAGCAACUGUCUCUUUGUUGGUGUUUUAAUACAAACCAUUUCAAUAAUGGUUUAGAAAUUACCAUUUCACAAUAUUCAGAGUGUUAUCACACCUGUAGCAACUCUUCAUUUCUCUCAUGCUGUGUCACGGACAGAUACAGAGUGAGGUCUGCAUAUAUCUUCCAUAAUAAAAUCACAUGCUGAAAUCAUAACUUAUAAUUCAAGUGACAUUUAUUAUUUCAGUAGAUUACAUUAUGUGCUGCAUUUGUUUCAAAGUAACACCUGUGAAUAAAGGGGACAUUUUAAAAAGCAACAAAAUGAAAAGCUUUUGUCGAUAAUAUGUCCUGCGUGACAUACAGUGCUGUGGGUAAGCACAUGGAGAUGUGUAGCACAACUGUCAGAUAGCAUAGAACAGAAAUGAAUAUGACUGAUAUUUCUGAGUGUGAGAGAAGGUUGAAGGUCCAUCAGAACAUAUUUGACCUUAACAUUAUAAACUGCACGAACGAAGCAAAUUCAACUUCAAUGAACUUGUUUUCUGUGGUUUUAAGCCAGCAAACACAAUGUGAUGGACUGUUGAAAAGUAAAAACCACUUACUGUAUUCUGGGCACACUGAAAGCACCUCUAGAUUUAACUUGAUUUCAAAUCCAGUUUUAAAUUUUUUGAUAAAGACAAACCAAAGAUAAGACAACUAGCUACAUGUUUACCACAUGAAUUAGCUAUGAAAUUUGAAAAGUUUGACUUUCUCCUAUCCAGUAGAUGACACAGUCGGUCUAUUUUAGUUGCGAUCCUCUAAUGUGGGUGAAGUCAGUGAAGCACCAGUGCUCAGUGUCUUCACAAAAGGAACAGAAUUUUGGGAUCUUGUUUGUGUCCUUUAAACGUGAGCCUCUUGAUCAUUUCCACUUCCUGUUAGCAACAUGCCCGUUCAUCUGCUUACUCAGCCCCUGUAGAGCUGCACAUGCACACACACAUAUACAGUACAUACACAGAUAGAUAACAACAACUGGACUGACAAACUGACUGUUAAUCUUCCAUCUACUGUAUACUGUCUGUACUGUCUGGAAGUGACCUGCAAAAGGACUGUCUGGAACUACUCAGCCUCUGUCCCCUUAUUAACUGCAAAAGCUGCCAAUACACUGAGCAACUGCGUGGCAAUAGAUCGAGUACUCCUCCUGGCAACAGUAAUAAACUGAGGUACAUGUUCAGAAGUUAUAUUCUCUUUGUUUUUGUUUGUUUGUUUUGUUAUUAUUUGUGGGAAAUAGACAUUGUGAAACAAUCAGUGUCUGAGUGCUGGUAACACUCUAGCGUCAUGCUUCCCUGUGAUGUUACUUAAAACCUUAUGAGGGUGUUACAGCCUUGGUUUACAGACUGGAAUGACCUUUUCCACAAAACGCUGUGACCUUUGCCCUGGUUUCCAAAUAAAGAAAGGGGAAACAAAAUAAUAGUAAUUUUGAAUAUGAUACUUUCUGAUCAUCUGGCACACACCUUGUAAGUCCACAAAUAACUGAAUCACAGUGCUCCAGUGGACUUCGACAAACUGUGGCAUCAAACGUUUCACCAAGCAGCUCCAAAGUGAUAAGCCUUAAAACCUUAUAAAUUACUUUUUUAGGGCUCACCUGACUAUCGUAACUCACUGUGACAAGCAUUGUCUUCGUAUUUUAAGUACAUUUUGGGAAACAGUGCAUCGGUCACAGUGAUAAAACACAUGCUGACUGUCAGGUUUUACAGCAUACACCAGUCUAUGUAUUGAUCCAUUUUGGAACAAAAGAUGUGAAAUGCACCUUUCAUGGGUAGAAAGGGGAGAGGGGUAUCAAACAGUGCUGGGUGUUGUAUAUCUCUGUCAUGUACUGAAGUAUUUUAGAGGAAAAAUAUAUUUGAAAUAUGACGCUGAAAGGUAUAAAUAAACAUU